UACAAUAAAAUAAAGCUUGGGAAAGGACAAAAUAUUUUUUUUUAUUUCAUCUUGCCGCAAUUUUGGAGAAUUCGAUGGAAAUUCCUCGGACAUUUCUUAUGGAAAAAAUUCUAGCAAAAUCAAAAAUGGCGCAAUUUUAAUCUGUCAAAAAAAAAGUUUGGUUAGAGUUUCUUGGAUUUUUUCUCAGCGAUUUUCACGAUUUUCAUUAGGAUUUUGUACGAAUUUUCACGUGAAAAUACAUGGGGAAGGUAGAAAGAUGUCCAGAAAACCCAUUUCUUUACUGAUUAAUGGACGGGUAAAGACCAAACAACCUCAGUUGACUGACUUUAUCAAGCGAAUUCCGAAAACGGAUAAAAAGAUUUUGGAUAGUACCGUUGAUUCUAAGGAUAUCAAUGGGUUGAUUGAUAGUACUGCUCUUAAAGAAAAUCUAGAUUUACUUAACAAAACCAAUGGUACAAGCAGCGAGAAGGGAUCUCCGAGUUUGCUGAAGCCCAAGAAAAAGUUUCAACCUAAGAAACGCAGAAUGGAUUGUAUUGAAAUUAGCGAUGACGACGACUUUGAGGUGCCGGAGGUAUUCCGCAAGAAUGCCCAAAGUCCGAAGAAGGUGCUUCAUGAAGUAUAUCCAGUGAAGAUGGAAGUUGCGGAGACUUCUCCGGAAAAGAAUGCUCCCGAUUUUGACGUUAUGAAUAAAUACUCCCUCACACCACCAUCAAAGGUGCUGGAAACAUCUCCUUCGAAGAUUGACGUUUCCAAGUCGUUGGAAAAGCUCUCAGAGGAUCUCAUGAAUAAAGAUGCAAAAUACGCAUCAGCUACCAAGAAAUUGGAGGAGAAUCUCGUAAAAUUGGCAUCACAGAAGAAGAAGAAAUUCACCCCUAAAGUGCCGAGCGCUCGUAGGCACCUUCAUCUUGAUAUAGCUCAAGAGUUUCCGGAGAGUGCACCACAAGACAAUUCAUUUGUGCUCCCGGAGAGUGCACUAGUAAGCCCAAUGAGAACUCCGGAAAUACCCCCAAGGAAGCCCCAAGUUCUUUCACAAGAAAACCAGCAGAAGAAGUGUGAUGAUGAACCAUCAAUGGAUGAACUUGAUUUUCUAUGCAUGGCUUCUACACCAACCAGUGCUUCCUCCAUGAAGUCUCAACCAAAAAUCUUCUUUGAUCCCACACUGGAUGAUUUUGUGGAGCAAACAAAGAAUUCCGCGGAACUCUCGGAUGAUACUGAGGUAGAUUUGGGAAAGUUGAGCUUACUUUACAUAAAGAUUUUGGAGAAGUAUUGUGGAGUCUUCGAUAGAAUACCUCUGACGUACCUCAAGGAACUCGAAGGAUUCCAACCGGUUUUGUUUGCUAAGCUAAAGGGGCUGAAAAAUAAGAUUGCUGCAAAGUACCACAAUAAGCUACUCCUCGGGGAAACACAGAAUCCUGCUGAUGAUGAUUGUCCGGAUGAUGCUGCCGCAAUGGGCUCCGGAGCAAUGCCGGCACUUCCAAUUCCCGAAGUUACAGAGAAGAGAGUUCGAGAUGUCGUAGAUGAUACUCUGAAUUCCACUGCAGAAUCUCCGGCGAGGAAGAAGUUCGUGGCAAAGACAAAGCAAAGUGACAUCCUUCUUGCCACAAAUUCCGUAAUUUCCCUUUCUGAGAGUCCACCGGUGGACGAUUUGAAUUUCGAUGAUGAUGUCGAUGAGUUGCUGGCACAGAUGGAACAAGAGUCCUUGAUGAAGAUGGGACGUUUGUCCGAUCUGAAUCGCAUGACAUUGCGUGACUUUCAAAUUCUGGUUGGAGAGGAGAAGCCCAAACCAUCUGGGACUCAAUGGAUUGACGAUACAUUCACGGAGGUGGAUGAAGAUGGAUGGCAGAAGUACAGCAUUGAAGAUUUUACGGAAUCAGCUCCAUCAACGAGUAAGGCUUCCAUUCCAGCGGGUAGGGAGGGCUUCACUACAGCUGCUGCCAUACGAAAAAAUGAGACUGAGACGCAGUACAUCAUUGAUGAGUGCCCGAGUCCAACGCAGGCAAAGAAGGCAAAUCCACCGAUCAAGUACAACAACUCUCUGGGGAAUUUCCACUCGGGAGUCCAUAAUGAUGGGAUCACUGGGGAGUUUGAUUCCAAAAACUUCAGCCAUUCAGUUGAGAUGCAAACAAAGUUCCGGGAGGUUUUUGGACUCAAAGCGUAUCGUCCCAAUCAAUUCCAAGCCAUUAAUGCUACUCUCCUGAAUUUGGACUGCUUCGUACUGAUGCCAACGGGAGGUGGAAAGUCUCUGAUUUAUCAGCUACCAGCUGUCUUGACUGAGGGAGUGACAAUCGUCAUCAGCCCACUGAAGUCGCUCAUUCUCGAUCAAUGCAAUAAGCUUGCUUCCCUGGAUAUAAACGCCAAACAUCUUUCCGGAGACAUCAGUUGGGAACAAACACGUGCAAUUUUCAAUGAUCUCCAGACAAUUCCGCCAAAGAUAAAACUCCUGUACGUGACACCGGAAAAAAUCUGCGCGUCGGAUCGUGUGAGGGAAAUCAUGAAUACUCUGUACAAUCGGGGAUUUCUUGCACGUUUUGUAAUUGAUGAGGCACAUUGUGUCUCCCAGUGGGGACAUGAUUUCCGUCCAGACUACACGAAGCUCAGCGUGCUGAGGAAGAACUACCCCAAUGUACCCAUUAUUGCUCUCACAGCCACUGCAACACCGCGGGUUCGCACUGAUAUUCUAAAUCAGCUGAAUUUGAAGAAUUGCAAAUGGUUCCUGAGUAGCUUCAAUCGUCCCAAUUUGAAGUACAUCGUGGCCGAGAAGAAGGGCUCUUCGACAAUUAUGGAUAUCAUUCAGCUGGUUAAGAGCAAAUUUCCUCGCUCUUCAGGGAUUGUUUACUGCCUCUCGCGCAAAGAAUGCGAAACAAUGGCCAUGAAGUUGUCUACAGAGGGUAUUCGGGCAUCGGCCUAUCAUGCUGGACUCACAGACAGCGUCCGGGAGAAGGUACAGCAGGAAUGGGUGAUUGAGAAGAUCAAAGUUGUGUGUGCAACAAUUGCCUUUGGCAUGGGCAUCGAUAAGCCUGACGUCCGAUAUGUUAUUCACUACUCAAUGCCAAAAUCAAUCGAAGGGUACUACCAGGAAUCAGGAAGAGCAGGUCGCGAUGGGGAAUUUGCUACGUGUAUCCUGUACUACAGCUAUGCUGACAUGAAGAGGUACCUAAAGAUGAUGGAUCAGGACCGCACGAUGUCGUAUGCAGCACAGCAAGUUCAUAAGCAGAAUCUCUCGCGAAUGGUGGAUUAUUGUGAGAAUAUGACUGAAUGCAGGAGGACACAGCAGCUCAACUACUUUGCGGAGAACUUCACGCGAGAACAGUGCCUGGAGAAUCGUAUGACUGCCUGUGAUAAUUGCCUUAAGGAGAAUGAGUACAAGAGCAUUGAUGCCACGGAGACGGCAAAGGAGAUUGUACGGGCGGUGAGAGAUCUCUGCAGUGGAAGCAACAGAUUUACAGAACUCUACAUAAUGGAUCUCUUCAAGGGGAGUGAGAUAAAGAAGAUUAAGGACAAUAAUCAUCAUCGCACAAAGUAUCACGGGCAAUUGGCAUCGUGGGAUAAGGCGGAUAUUAAGAGACUCGUGCACAAAUUGGUGCUGGAGGAGUAUUUGUAUGAGGAGAUGAUCUUCGUUCAUGAAAUUCCACAGGCAUACAUACGAAUUGGACCAAAAAUUGAGGCACUCAUGACGAAUCAAGUACAAAUAAUGUUUGCUCUGCAUCUCAAUGGGAAGAAGGAACGUCCACGUCUUGAGGAAGUACAGGUGAUGCCACCUGCUGACUCGGAACUCGGGAAGGAGCUUAAAGAUCUCGAAGAGCGUUGUCACAAUGAUUUGCUUGAGAAGCUGAGGACGCUCGCAGGUGAGCGACACGUGAACAUCGCGACUAUUAUGAAUAUGCAAACUAUUCGGGAGAUGUCAAAGGUCAUGCCGACUACGAAGGAGGAAAUGAUGCGCCUGCCACACAUAACUGCGGCGAAUUUCGUGAAGUUUGGCCAACAGUUGCUGGAAAUUACGCAGAACUAUGCAGCACAUAAGCUUUCAAUUAUGUUAGAUGCGAAGGAGCAACAAGGACAAAGUACAGCUGAUGAGGAUGAUAUUGAUUGGGGUGCGCUGGCAAAGCAAAGCUGCAGCAGCAGUAACAGUGGAUUAAAGAGAAAGAAAUCCUGGGGUGGAGGUAUGAAUACCAAGAAGCGCUUCCGACGUACUGUACGAAAGAAGGGGAGUCCGAAGAAGCGCGGCACGAAGAAGUCACCUAAAAAGACAGCAGUGCCCAGGACGAAGGCCAGAACAGUUGCCACAUCUUCGGGUUCUGGCAAAAAGACGGCAACAACAACCAGCAAAGCAUUCCAGCUUAUGCCACUGCCAGGUUCCAGCAAGAGAUAGAAGGCGUCAUCUUUAUCUUUCUUUUUUUUUAUAACUCCUGUAAAUACAAGAACAUGAAGUAUUA